GGCCGGGUGUGGAAGUGAGCGCUGGGGGUAACGAAUGCCCGGCCGGUGCUUCGGUUUGGGGUCGUUAGCGAAAGGGGUUGGUUUAAUUGCACCUCCUCGGACUUGGAGCAUCUGAUACGUGGCCGAAACUGGGUCGGCUUGUGCAGCUCAGGAGUUACAGGGAGAACCCCUCAUGGACAUCGCAGGCAGGAUUUGAGGCUGUGAUCGUACAAGUGUUGAGGGGAAGCAGAAGUGGGGCUACUAGCACGAGUAUUCAACUGUGGAAGUUCCCAAGGCACAGCUGAGGCAGUUUACAAGACCAUUUUCAACAGAAAGGUUUAGAGAAAAAGUCCAGGUUAAAAUCAUAUUUUGUGACAUUCGAAGAGCAAACAAUACUAUGGCUCCAUGAAUUUCAAAACUUCAGGAAGUGCGGCAGCCCUCCCUACCUCCAGCUUUACUUCCCUGCUGUUCUUAUUGGGAUCUGUGAUUUCAUCCCCACUGGAUAUGCAGUGACCUGCCUUGGCAUCAGAGCAGAGGAAGCUGUUUGUGCAUCAGGGAAAGCCAUGGCCUUGGGCUUGAAUGUUUUAAACCUCUUUUAUAAGUUCAAAGUGUUGGUGCUUGUCACUUUAUUUGUGAUGGUGCUAUGGACCACAUUCGGUUACUUAGUGGACACCAGACAGGAACUUCCUAAAGCUAAGAUUAUGGUGGAGUUUUUCAGGAAGGUAACCAGCCUGGAGCACAGUCAAAAGGAAGAGAAGAUUGAAUCCACUGCAGGUGUUCCCAUGGUGAAGUCAUUUCAGAGUCCCUGCCCAGCUCUGUCUCCGUACCUGCGAGGUGCCAGGAAACUCUCCUUCAAACCAUCUGUUACCCUGGAGGAAGUACAAAAGGAGAACCCUCAGGUAGCCAAGGGCCGGUACCACCCUGUGGAGUGCUCAGCCCUGCAGCACGUGGCCAUCCUUAUCCCACACCGCAACCGAGAGAAGCAUCUGCUGUACCUCCUGCAGAACCUCCACCCCUUCCUGCAAAGGCAGCAGCUGGAUUAUGGCAUCUACGUCAUUCACCAGGCUGGAAACACCAAAUUUAAUCGAGCCAAACUGCUGAAUGUAGGAUACCUAGAGGCCAUAAAAGAAGCAAACUGGGACUGUUUCAUUUUCCAUGAUGUGGAUCUGGUGCCAGAAAAUGACUUUAACAUUUACAUGUGUGACACACAACCAAAGCACCUUGUAGUUGGCAGGAACAAUACUGGAUACAGGUUACGGUACCGGGGAUAUUUUGGAGGUGUAACUGCUCUUACAAGAGAUCAGUUUUCCAAAGUGAAUGGAUUUUCUAACAACUACUGGGGUUGGGGUGGAGAAGAUGAUGACCUUCGAAUCAGGGUUGAGAUGCAGAAGAUGAAAGUGGUGAGGCCGCCUGCUGAUGUGGCCAGGUACACGAUGAUCUUCCACAACCGUGACCAUGGUAAUGAGGAGAAUCGAGAGAGGAUGAAGCUUCUCCGUCAGGUCUCAAGAACAUGGAAGACAGAUGGGCUGAAUUCCUGUUCCUAUAAACUGCUCUCUGUGGAACACAAUGCGCUGUACAUCAACAUAACGGUGGACUUCAGUGUGCAGCCCAAGGUCUCAUAGGGGCCAGCAUGUCUCAGGUUAUAGGAAAUGCCAACAGAUCUCCUUUGUGGCUGCUGUUAGAUCAGAUGACUUCCAGCACCUGCUUGGAAGAGUUCUUCAGUAGCAUAGGAGAAAGUGUUCCUGCACAGCAUCUCAUUGACUGGUUGAGAGUUUCCUUUUGUGAGGACUGGAGUUAGACUGACCCAAUGGACAGGUCCUCAUGUUCUUCUAUGCACUUUUUGCUGGGACUUUGGAAAAAGUGUCCUUGUUUGGGCUGGUCCAGUGGAAGGACUUGAAUAAAGUCCCUGAAAAAAAAUUUGAUUUUGCAACUAUUUCUAAAGUACAAUAAUUCUUCAAGAAUGACAAACUUGAUGAGAAAAGUUAAUUUUUUCUAGCCUAAUGAAAAACUGCUUAUGUGUGAGGGAAGAGCAGUAAUGGUAAUGGGCAAGAUGUUACAAAUUUCUCAAUAAAUGCGGUCCACUGAA